AGUGGAUGUCUACGUGGGCUGAGUCGUGACUCGGGGCGCGGGUCUUGCGAGUGACGCUCGCACUUCGCUUCUCCGCUCGCACCGGCGGGAGAGGCCGGGGGGCUCCUCUGUCUGGCUCCGCGGGCUGCGGGCGGCAGGCAGCGGGCGGCCGCGGUGCCCUGGACGGCCCGGGGGUCCGGGCACCGCCAUGGAACUGGAAUAGGAAGGGAGCGCGCCCACCGGUCCUCGGCCUGCGCCCAGACCCGUAAGGAGUCCGGGAGGCCUCCGCGGAGAUGUUUGCCAAGACUAAUACAACUGGUGAAAUACCUGCCCUUUUCUGCUCAAGAAGCUGGUUUAAUUGAUUUAUAUUUGUCCUGUAAGUGUGGAAGUCAGAAAGUUUGUCAUAAUAAAAAGUAACAGUUUGAGUAUUCCCGGACAGCAGCCACUUGACUUUGAUUAUUCAACAUGCAGAACAGACAAGGAUACUGCAGCUAUUGCUGUGUGCGCUACUUUAGCCUGGAACAGCACGUGUCCAGUGCUCAGCACAGAUACUUGACCUCACAGAACCGACAGCAGAUAGGACCCAAUAGUUUGAUGGAACGUUUCUUGCAGGAUGUGAUCCGGCACCACCCGUACCAUUCUCAAGAGAGCAGAUCAAUGCAAAAUGAGAGACUUCUUACAAAUAUGGUGUCACCUGCUGCGUCACCUCCUGAAGUGGUUCCUGUUGAUGAUUGUGUUUCUGAAGAAAUGACUGAUGAUACUGCUAGUGUCCAAGGAGAGAGCUCCACCAAGGGUUUUGAACCUAGUAAAGAGUUAUAUUCUAGACCUAGUACAUUUCAGGAAUAUAUACAGGGGGUCUCAGUUAGACCAUCAGUUAUUCAAAAACUGGAGAAGGGACAGCAGCAGCCCUUGGAGUUUGUGGAUGAAAUUGGGAGUGGUAGGAAAGAAUUUAAUGCAGUUGGUAUUGGUCAAGCUACAAGUAAUCGACAGAGCUUAAUAUGUCCCUCAGUGAUUUCUAGUGCUCCUGCUAGUUGUAUACCUGGAAGUUCCUAUGAUAGACCGGUUACAACCAAAACUACUAGGUCACCAGCAGCAGCCAGUUUGGAUCCAGUCAGAAAAUGUGACCCAGACAAAGGUGACAGAUACCUUGAACAGCCAUACGGGGGCUCUAGAAAUUCUGUGCUAUCGUCCAUUCGAGGAACGUCUUCAGUUUCCUAUCAGAAACCUAAAGAAUCAGAUAGAACAUAUUUAUGUACAAAUUCAGAUAAAUUGAUUAUACAGGAAGAUGUAAAGUCUCAGCAUAAAACUUUGUUAAGUGGCGCUAAAGUCCGUGAAUUUGUGGGUACUGAAGGCUCCUUAAAAUCUGCAUCUCUUUCCAAAUUGGCUAUACACCAACCAAUCAAGGUGAAUACGACUGGCAUGCCUUCUUAUAAAGGACUCUUUGAAGAUGCUGCUGCAAAGCACCGUGAGAAAUUCUUUUCUGGUAUGGAUCAGAUCCAAAAGGAAAAGCUUUUGGGUUUUAAUAAGUCAGCUUUUCUGGAACAGAAGAACUCAGUGAUUUCUGAAACAAAGUUUGCUCGUGGCUCUUUUCAUUCAUCAUCUAAUCAACUCGAAGAGGCUGCACAAGACUUUUGGAGGGAGGAGCAAGUUGACCAAGAAAAUAGAUACUAUGACUCGAGAGCUUCUGAAUUGAGUUUUGACUGCAAUUCUUUUUAUUCACUGACUGAGCAAUCUAGAGUGACUGCCGAAGAAAUAAACAUUUUAAAGGAAGAAUAUGCGGAUAUGCAGUGUAAAUAUAAUGAAUCUUAUGUUUCUGAAGUAAGUUCUGAUGGUGCUGCCUCACUUCAGUUGGCUACAAACCGAACUCAAGUAAUUGUUAAGGGUGUAAGUGUUCAGAAGGCAAAGCCUGUUAGACUGGUUGAUGAAAGCUAUGAAUCUAGUGAUUCUGAGAUUAAUUUUGAUUGUGAUGCCUUACCUCAGUCAACCAAUGACUACACCCAACAGCCUGCAAAAGAAGUAAACAUGUUUAAGGAGGAACACCUUGACUUGGUUGAUAAGAACUAUGGAUCUAGUAGCUCCGAAAUAAGUACUGAUUCUUCUUUGCCUCUUCAGCCAGUAGGUGACCAACUCCCAGUGACUGUCACAGAAGCAAAACUUCACGUUGGCUUGGUUGAUGACAACUAUGGAUCAAGUUGUUCUGAAACAAGUACUGAUAAUGAUGUUGCUCUGCAGUCAUUAGGUGACCAUCCCCAACUGGUUGUUGAAGAAAGAAACCUACAGGAUAGGCAUGUCUAUCUGAAAAAUAAGGGCUAUACAACCAGUAGUGCUAACGAACAUCUUGAUUAUGCUGUCUCUCUUGACACAGUGACUGAUGUAUCUCAGAGGGCUCUUGAAGAAAUACAUCUGGAAGAGAAGAAUGAACCUGGGAAUAUGAACUAUGAUUCUCAUGGUUCUGAAAUGAGUUUUCACACAGAUGCCCGCUUAGUGGCUAGCCAAUCUGGAGUAAUAGUUAAAAAAGUAAGCCCUCGAGAAGUAACUGUUGACCUGGAGAAUAAGAGUGUUAGAUCUAGCAAUUCUGAUCAGAGUUUUGAUUCUAAUGCUUUUCUUUAUCAAUCAGCUAGUGAUCAACGUCAAGGGGCUCUGGGUGAAAUAAGCCUGAAAGAGUUAAAUGUUGAUAUAGAAGUUAAGAGCUAUGGGUGCUCCAGUUCUGAGCUGACUUUUGAAUCUGAUCCCCCUGUUAAGUCAGGUACUGAGCAGUCUGAGAUGGACAUUGAAGAAAUAAGAAAAAGGCACAUUAACUUGGAAGAUCACUGUGGAUCAAAUAGUUCUGGAAUAACUUUUGAUUCUGAUUCUGCUUCUCGCUCAGGAGGUGACCAGUCUCAAGUAGCUAUUUAUGUGGAGGAACCAAGUCCUCUGGAAAAUAAGAUGAGUAAGUCUUAUGUUCCUGAAGGAGCUUUUGAUUUUGGUAUACCUGUUCAUUCAGGGAUGAAUCAACCUGGACUAGCUAUUAAAGAAGUAAUCGUUCAGAAAGAAGAAUAUAUACACUUGGGAAAGAAGAAUGAUGAACCCAGAGGUUCUGAAAUAAGUUUGGAUUUUUAUGUUUCUCCUCAUUCAGUGAUUAAUCCUCCUGAAGUAGCUUUGGAAAAGCUAAGUCUUCACAAAGAAGAGCAGAUCUACUUGGACAGUAAGGUAAAUGAACCUAGUGCUUCUGAAUUAAGCUUGGAUUAUGCUAUUUUUAAUUCAAUUCCUGGACAUUCUAAAGAUCCCAUUCAAGAAGUAAACCUUCAGCAAGAAGAGCACCUGCACUUAGAAAAUAAAGAUACGGAUAAUGGAUUAAGUGUUUAUGAAACAAGUUUGGAUUCUGGUGUCCACUGUCAUCAGUCAGUGACUCACAAGCCUGAAAUGUCUGUUAAAGAAAUAUGGCUUCAAAAAGAAAAGCUUAUUAAAUUCAAAAGUAAAAGUGCUAAAUUUAGUGGUUCUGAAACAGGUUCUGAUGUUCCUCAUUAUGUAGUGGCUGAACCUCAGAUAGCUGUCAAAGAAAUCAGUGUUCAGAAAGAAGAACCUGUUCUAGAACCACAUGACAAAUACAGUAGCUCUGGAAUAAUGUUUGAUGCUGACAUCCCUCCUCAGUCAAUGACUGAAACACCUCACAUUGCUGUUUUAAAGGAGGGCCGUGUUGACCUAGAAGGUGACAGUACUGCAUCGAGAGGUUUUGCAGUAAACUUGGAUAUUGGUGGUCCUCUUCAUUCAGUCAUUGGUCAACCUGAGACACCACUCUUGAAGGAAAGGAACGUUCAUCUGGAAGAUAAAAACAGUGAAUCUAGUCAUUGUAAGUCAGUGGCUGGUGAAACUGAAGAAGUCAUUAAAGAGAUCAACCUUUGGAAGGAGCAUGUUGACUUGCAAGGGAAGAUUGUGGAACCUGUUGGUUCUAAAAUAAAUUUUGAUUCUAAUGAACCUCUCCAGUCUGUGGGUAAUGUAAUUCAAGAGACUGUUACAGGAGAAAUAAAUCUUCUGAGGGAAGGACAUGUUUGUCUGGAUGAUAAGGGCUAUGAACCCAAUGAUUCUGAAAUAAUCUAUGUUUCAGAUAUCCCUCUCCAAUCAGUGGUUGAGCAGCCACACAUUUUGGAACGGGAACAUGUCAAUUUGGAAGAUAAGAGCAAUGUUUCUUGUCCUGAAAUAACUUUUAUUUCUGAUGAUCAUCUUCAGUCAGUGGCUGACCAGCUUCAAAAAUCUGUUAAAGAAGUAAGACUUUGGAAGGAAGACCAUAUUUACCUGGAAGAUAAGAGCUAUAAACUAGGUGACUUCGAAGUAGGUUAUGAUUCUGAUAUUCCCAUUCGCUUUGUGGCCGAUCAGUCUUCUCUGACUGUCAAAGAAUUAAGCUCACAAAAGAGGGGUCAUAAUGACCUAGAAAAUAAGGGCUGUGGACCUAGUGUUGCUGAAAUAAAAUGUGAUUCUGGUGUUCAUUUUCAGUUGGAAGUUGACCAGUCUCAAGUGGUGUGCAAAGAAAUAGAUCUUCCGAAGGAACGGCAUCUUGGCAUGGAAGUAAAGAGCAGUGAACCUAGUGAUUCUGAAAUGAUGUGUGAUUCUGAUGUUCCUCUUGAAAUAGUGGUUAAUGAAGUUCAGGUGUCAGUUAAAGAAGCAAAUCUUCGGAAGAUGCUCUUUGUGGACGUAGUCACCAAUGAUAGUGAUUGUGAAGUGAUUGCUGAGUCUGAUAUCCCUUUUCAGCCAGUGAUUGACUCCUCUCACGUGACAGUCAGAGGAGUUGAUUGUAUAAAUACGGAAGGUUUUGAUCUAGGUGAGAGCUCUGACUCUUCUGAUUCUGAAGUAGGAUAUGUUUGUGGAGCCUCUUCUCAAUCAAUGACAAAUGAAGCCAAAGAGACUUUCAGAGUAGUAAACCAGAAGAAAGACUAUAUUAUUCUCCAAGAGGCAAGCUGUGAGUCUUAUGGUUCUGAAAUAAAAUUUCAAAUUGAUCCCCCAGAUAGGUCUGUGACUUAUGCAUCACAAGGAUCUGAUAAAGAAACGGUGAAGCUUAUUGAAGAGAAGACUUGUGGAUCUGAUAAUCCUAAGACAAAUUUUAAAUGGGAGGACCAUUCUAAGCCUGUGACGAACCCACCUCCAAAAGCUUCUAGAGGAGGCAACAUUUGUCAGAGGAAGGAAGAAAAAACUGGCCGAAAAGAUAAGUACAGUGAAUCUAGGGCUUCUGCAGGGGCUCGUAAAGCCUCUGCUGGGUCAGCAGGCCGUCAAAGGGCUGGUAAAGGAAACCAGAAGGUAAAACAUGCAGAUUGGCGAAGUACGAGCUGUGAACCAUGCGGUUCUGGAAUGAAUUUUCAGAGUGGUCGCUCUCUUCAGCCUGAUACUGGCAAGCGUCAAGAAGCUGCUAAUAAAAAGGAAGUGUGUAAGAAGAGGUCUGGUGACUUAAAAGAAAAAAAACGUGACACCCGUUCAGGCCCUAUUCUUAGGGCUGAUUCUCCAAGGACCCGGGGAAAAGCCAAGGAGGUCAUAGAAGACAAUCCUGAUGAACCAGUUCUCGAAGCCUUGCCUCAUGUCCCUCCUUCAUUUGUUGGGAAGACAUGGUCUCAGAUAAUGAGAGAAGAUGACAUGAAAAUUAAUGCUCUUGUGAAGGAAUUUAAGGAAGGUCGUUUCCACUGCUACUUUGAUGACGACUGUGAGACCAGGAAAGUAAAAAAAAAAAAUUUGAAUAAAGGAAAAAUGAUUACCUGGGCUGACGUUAGUCAGGACACUACAGCAAUUCAAGUUUUUUCAGACCAUGAUGAUAAUGCAGAUGGCAUUUCAGAUACUGAUGACUUUUCAGUGGCCUUAGAUAAACCUAGCCAUCAUCCUACAGCAAAGAGGCCUUAUGAACAAUCCUGGCGAGUGGCUUCUCGAUGCCAGGCUGUAAAAGUCAGCCAUGGAACUCAAACCAAUCUCACAAAAGAGACAAAAGGAAGUGGACCAGAGGAAGACCUGACAACAAGGAAGCGUUUACUUUUACAGAAGGACAGAAAAAUGAAAAACAGCGUGCAAAUUGGAACACUUGAAUUUCCUGAAAAAUGUACUAAAGUUUUGAAGCCUUUGCAACCCAAUGCCUUAGUCUAUGUUAUUUCUUCAAAUAUGAAAUUUCAGAAUGGUGAAUCCAAGUUUUCUAAAAAGUACCUUGGUGGCAGAAGUAGUCAAGAUGUUACCAUAGAGUACAAAUAUAAGCGGAGGCCCUUUGAUUACUAUGACCCAUUGAAUAAGAAAAUAAUAACGAAUCCUCCAGAAUCUGACAGAAAUAACGGGCUUCAAAUUCACUUGGACCUAAGCUCCAGUUCAGAUGAAGAUGGUCCUGCAGAAGGCUUUGAUCCGACAGGCAUUUUGACACUAAGAGAUGAACUAAUGGCCUGUCCAAGGGCCUGUAUUUCUCCGGAGCCUGUGCCCAGAUCAGGGACUUCGAGAGCUAGUGAAGUUCCAGUCACAAGUAAUUUCCAGUCAACUCCUGCAAACCGCGAUGCUGCCGGAACCUCCCCCAAAUCAGCUACACGUAAGAUACUACAAAGUAAAAAGAAAAUCCAGAGAAGGAAUAUGAAAACUAGCGCACUGAGUUUUCUCCAGAAGGUUUAUAAACCAAUUGCUCUCCAGCCAAAAACCAGAAUCGCUUCAGAAAAACAGUCAACUUGGAUUCGGACCAAAUUAAGUGAUAUAAUUAGCAAGUAUAUUUCAAAAUACUCUGUUUUUUUGCGUCGCAAAUACCAAUCCAGGAGCGCCUUUAUUCGACUGCAUCUUAAGAAGAAAAAAUGUGACAUCACUAAGUUAAAGAAGGUGAAGAAACCAGCCAAGAUGCUUUUGAGCCCGCCGGUUCCGCUGGUUCCCUUGGUUCCACUGGUUCCUUUGGUUCCGCUAGUUCCGCCGGUUCCCUCCGUUCCGCCGGUUCCCUCGGUGGCAGCUGCUGAGGGGCAGUUAGAAGUCCCUAGCUGUUCUCCCAAGCCACCUGUGCAGGAUUCUUGGCCCGCUGCAGGAAGAAAGAGGAAUGGCAAAAAACGCUAUAGGAAAAGAAGAAUUAACUCUUCUAGACGUGCUAAAAUACACGCUUUGAGAAGCUUAAAUUCUCAGGUACCGAUGAGGACUCGGCUGUCAGAUAAACUGCAAGCUGAUGAGGCCGCCAAAAGCAUUUCUGUUCAGGCUAGAUGAGGAUUCCGUACUUCACUUGAAAUACAUUUUGUGCACAUAGCUUUUCCAGCUUUGGUAAAAAAAAAAAAUAAUAGCCUUCAACUAUUUUGCUACAGACA